AUGCUGAUCCCGGAUGUGUCCGGGGGUGUCCGUAUCAACGUCGCUAGCGUGAUGCGUCGCGAUGCGGUCAAGACGCUCAGUCGCUUGGACAUCCGUCCAUCUGCCAUCCAUGUGCCUGUCUGUAUCGCGCGUCGGAGUAGGAGAAGUGAAUCGGACUCGAAGGGGACUCAGCUCUACCUCGUUCCGCAUUCAUUGCAGUCGGGUAGCAGCUUCGGAUCAGGCGGAUCCUUGGUGAAGCAACGGGGUGAGAAAGCAGCAUCAUGCAUGCCGUCUCGAUUGCGUCGACGGUAUUUCCAGGUCGGUCGAGCUUGGGAUGAUAUCACAUAA